AUGGAACCAUCAAUGAGUGAAGCCUGCAUUAACACUACUAUUUCAUUUGAAGUCUCUUGUGGCACACAUCGCGAUCCCCGAGUCUUUUACUACCGUAAUGAAAACCUCUUUGAAUAUGAGGAUGCCGAUUGA